CCAUGCUGGUAAGUUUCCGUACAAGUACGAACUAUGUAGCCUAGAGAAAAAAAAAUGUCUGUAGCAGUGUCUUCCAGAUCUUGCGAAAGCCCUGGUUGUGGAGAGGGUGCAAAACUUCAGUGUCCAACUUGUAUUAAACUUGGGAUACCUGGCUCUUUCUUUUGUUCACAGGAGUGCUUUAAAAAUUCUUGGGGUGAACAUAAAAAGCUCCAUAAAUUAGCAAAGCCUAAUAGCGAGAGCAAUGAACAGUUCAAUCCAUGGCCAGGGUUUCGUUUUACAGGCACUCUGCGUCCAGCACCCCUUAGUGCAACAAGAACAGUUCCUGAUAACAUAGUCAGACCAGACUAUGCUAACCAUCCUACGGGUGUAUCAGAAAGUGAGAGACAAAUGAAAGGAACAACUAACAUACGAGUUCUAACAGAUGAAGAACAAGAAGGAAUGCGAGUUGUCUGUAAGCUGACACGUGAAAUACUAGAUAUUGCAGCAGAGGCAACAGCAGUUGGUGUCACAACUGAUGAAAUUGAUCGAUUAGUACAUGAGGCAACUAUCGACAGAGAUUGUUAUCCUUCACCCUUAAAUUAUUUUGAGUUUCCUAAAUCAUGUUGCACAUCCAUCAAUGAGGUGAUCUGUCAUGGAAUCCCUGAUAAGAGACCUUUAGCAGAUGGUGACAUCAUGAAUGUUGAUAUCUCAGCCUAUCACAGAGGGUAUCAUGGGGAUGCCAAUGAAACAUUUUUUGUUGGAAAUGUAAGUGAUAGUGCCAAAAAGCUGGUGAAAACAACCUAUGAGUGUCUGAUGCUUGCCAUCAAUGAAGUAAAGCCUGGUGUGAGAUACAGAGAUUUAGGUAAUGUUAUACAGAAACAUGCCCAAGCUAAUGGAUAUUCUGUUGUGAGAAGUUACUGUGGACAUGGAAUACAUGAAUUGUUUCAUACUACUCCAAGUGUACCUCAUUAUGGAAAAAACAAAGCCAUUGGAAUCAUGAAACCUGGACAAGUGUUUACCAUUGAACCUAUGAUAAAUGAAGGAACCUGGAAAGAUGAAUUGUGGCCAGACAACUGGACAGCAGUCACUCAAGAUGGCAAACUGUCUGCUCAGUUUGAGCACACUUUGAUGGUGACAGAAACUGGCUGUGAAAUUCUGACCCGUCGCUUAGAUAACAAUGGACAGGCUCAUUUUAUGGAUAAAAUGUCAUGAUACUCCUUGUGCGACUAGAGGCACAUCACAAUCAUUUUAAACAGAAAUGGAAUAGCAAUUCUAGAUUAUCUGAUUGUUUUAAUUGGUUAAAAAAGAUUAGAUGUGAAAUUUGAGUGAACAGUUGCAAGCAUGGCAUGUGAAGUGUAUAAACAUUGGAUUCAGCUGCUGCGCUAUACAGUGGUUGUUUGUUAACUUUUUGUUUUUCUUAAUUAAUCCCAACCUUUUAUACUGGAUUAUGCAUUUGAAUAACUGCUCUAAUUAAAUGAAAUCUAACCUAAGUGACCUCCAUACUGAAUAAAGAUCCUCGUCUAGGCUAACAAAUUUAGCCCAUUCUUCUGAUUGUGCUAAAACUAAAAACAUUAAAACUUUACUGUCACAGCAAAAAAAAAAAUUCUAGGUUUUUAAAGAAUUUCACUAGGUCACAAUUUCAUUAGGCCAGUUGAACCAAAGCUUGUCCUUAGAUAGUAUAUAUGUAAUCCUAUCAUUAUUGUCUGAUAAACUGAUGUAGAGCAAAGAUACAAUGCAAUUGUGGGUAAUUUACAUUUGACUUCUUAAAUCUUGAGUAAAAAUUGUAAUUACAAAUUUUAGUUCAGCAGAAUGAGUUAUCAGACUAAAAAGAUCAGCUGAAAUAUGAAUCAAAUUGUUCUGGAAAUAAAAAUUGCUUUUAUAUUGUCA